AUCGGUUCAAGGAAUCUACUCCCGGCUCUUGUCUACUGAUCUCUUUAUAUAUGUUCACAAACACUCAAAACCAUUACUAAUUUAUCUCAUAAACCAAAUCAUUUUCCAUAAUUACUACACUAAUAAUUAACCCAAAAAAAUCACAAACAAAAAAAAACAAAAUUCGCAUCUAAAAAACAAAAUUAAUGGCUAGUAUUUUUGAAACAAAAAGGGUAAAUGUAUAUCCAAAAACCAUACAACCUUCCAAAAUUAUAAAGCUUACCAAUUUAGAUAGGCAAUGUCCUACACUUAUGUAUUUGGUAUUUUUCUAUAAACUCUCUUAUAAUCAUAAAUUAGUUAAUGAUAAUUAUGUGUUUAAUAGCCUGAAAUUAUCAUUAGAAGAGACAUUAUCAGAAUGGUAUCCAGCAGCCGGAAGAUUAUGGAAAAACCCUAAUAAUGGGAAUAAGCUUGAUCUUUGGUGCAAUAAUGGUGGUGCUUUAAUGGUUCAAGCUUUUACACAUGCUAAAUUUUCAGAGUUUGGUAAUCUUUCUCAAUAUAAUCAUUUCUUUGAGAAUUUGGUUUAUAAACCUAUUUACAAUAAUGGAGAUAAUCAUAAUAAUAUUUCUGAAAUGCCAAUCCUUGUUGCUCAGGUGACCAAAUUUGGAUGUGGUGGGUACUCAAUUGGGAUAGGAACAAGUCAUGCACUCUUUGAUGGACAAGCAACCUUCAAUUUUGUAUCAACUUGGGCUUCCAAAACCCAUUUCAACAAGCAUCAAGGAAUCAUCAUUAAUGGACUUGAAUGCCCUAAACCUAUCCAUGAUAGACAAAUCUUACUAAAUAUAACAAACAAUCAAACACCCAUCAAGAAUAAUGCACUAUCAAAAGUUGCUGCCAUACAACAUUUGUAUCAAUUGAUUAUCCAAACAGGUCCUUAUGAUCAUAUGGUUAAGAAUCCCCAGCUGUUUGUUCCCUCUAUUGAGGAAGAUUGUGUUCUAAGUACCUUUCAUUUUAGUGCCGCCAUGAUCGAGAGCUUGAAGAGGAGAGUUCAUGGUGUUCAGAGCUAUUCUGCAUCAGUGUGUACUUCUUUUGAGAUUGUUACUGCACAUCUAUGGAAGGCAAGAACAAAAGCACUAAGGCUAAGAAAAGAAAGGAUGGUAUGCCUUCAAUUUGCAAUUGACACAAGGACUAGACUUACACCCCAACUAUCACAAGCUUUCAGUGGCAAUGCCUUUGUUUUAGCCUCUGUUGCUCUCACAGCAGGCGAACUCGAGCUAGCGAGCUAUGAAACCAUUGUGAGCAAGAUCAAAAUGGCUAAGAAUUGUGUCGAUAACGAGUACGUUAGGACGUAUAUCAAGGCACUCGAGGGGUCGGGAGACGCUCUUCCACCCCUUAGAGAGCUCACCAUAGUCUCAGAUUGGACAAGAAUGCCAUUUCAUAAGGUUAAUUUCAUGUACCCUUAUGUAAAUGGUGCUGUUUCUGUCUGUCCUUUAACUCCUCCUGUUCCACAAGUUGCAUAUUUCAUGCAAAGUCUUGAUCAUGAUAAGGGUAUUGAUGUAAGAAUUGGAUUGAACCCACAAUUUCUCACUGAUUUUUCUCACUAUUUCCUUGCUAUUUCAUAGUACACAAAUUCUUGUGUGAGGUCGGUCUCACCGUGAGAAUACUUGGAUUAAAUAGCCCAAUAAUAGAACACUUUUAGCUUAUGAGCUUUUUGUUUUAAGAUUAUUUUACAGUGAAAGGUCUCAUACAAGACAGGUUGUUUGUAGUAUCCAACAUUUUUUUUCUUGAUGCCAAAACAGAAUUUUAUUUUAAAUGAGACGAACUUAUGGUGAUACCAUUUCUAUUGAGCUAACCUAUGUACAUAUAGUGUGUUACGUAAUCAAUUUUCACUUACGAAUGAGCUAAUAGCCUAAUUUUAUGGGUCUGUUUCUUAGUGAAUAUGUCUACAAGUUGAAAUUUUUUAGAGGGCUUUUUAAUUACUUAUUUGUCUUAAUUUAAAUUGGGUUUUAUUCGU